UCGAAUUUCUACUGUGGAUAAUGACGAAGAGAUCUCAUGAUAACUAGCUACCGAAUGAAUUACUCCUUCACGAACCGCUCACUAACAACCCGCUUUCUAAUAUAUUUCUGUACACAAUCAGAUGCAUUACAAAACAUCUUGUGUUGAAUGUCGAAACAUUUAAUUAUUCUUAAAUUGCUAGGUUUUCCAAAGUUCUCGAAUUAUUCAAUUUCAAAAUUUCCAAAGAUCCAAAUUUGAAAAUUCGCCAACCAAGAAUGAACGGCUGAUAAAACUUUUUCUUUUGCAUUACUAUUUUUAUCAAGGAAAUCUGCCGCUUACUCAGUUGAUCAAUUGUAAAAUAAUCGAUCACGAUUUUUUAUUUUUUGUUUAUUCCCACCGUGUAUUUAACCACGAAGCAGAAGCAAACUGUAGAAUGGCAUCUGCCUCGUGGUGAAGAAUCUCCCUAGCCUAUCGAGUUGUGUGGAUUGAGGUUACUUUUUCGUAGAAUGAAGUAGAAAUCGAAGCCAUAACGGUUCAGUAAUUGGACAUAUCCGUUUAUCUAGGAACUUUUCGCAACAGUGAUAUAUAUAUGUUGUAUGUAUACAGAAAGAAAACUAUUUAUGUGAUCCGUUUAUGAAUCUGCUGGUAGUACGGACCACGAAGAAAUAGUGACUGAUUUUGUAUUAACCGCAUGGUGUAUAGUUUAAAAUUGUAUAUAUCACUCAAGUAUGAUAUUUCUUGCACAGUAUAUCAAGAAGCCGUUUAUUUUGAAUACAAUGUAAAUGAACAUUUUAGGGUAACAUGCUUGCCGACAAGUAAAUCUACCACAAUAUGGCAGAACAACAACAAUCACCACCUGACUUUAAACGUAUGUCCUUAGAUAAGAUUAUUGAAGCGAUGACUUCAGAUUUGGAAAGUUCUAAUGGUCAUUAUGUUCACUUUGGUAUAAAUCCGCAACAAACUACAACCCAUAAUUGGGGAGAUUAUUCUUCAAGUCAAACAAGACAUUAUAUUACUAGCCAGACUCCACAUUCUAAUCCAUCCACGAUGCAACCAAUGACUCCAAUGAAUAGUCCUUUAUAUGUGCACGACAUGUCAAAUUAUGAGUCUACGGCUGAUUCAAUUUACUUUCCAUCACAAGCAGUAAAUCAUUUAGGUAUAAAUGAAAAUAAUGACUUAAUUGGUACAAUAGAUGUUGGUGGAGGUAAUUAUAUUAAUGUAAUUUAUGGAAAUGCUUCACAAAUCAUGGCAGAACAAUGUCAGCUUUCAAACAUAACAUCCUAUAGAAAUCAAAAUAUCAUUGGUCAAGAAUAUGGUCUUUUUAACGAUCGACAUAUUACAGUACCAUCUGAAAUGCCAACUCAAAAUUUUAAUGGAAAACAAUUGAUUGAUAAUUUAGUUGGUAAUUGGGUACCAAAUCAGUCUGGUACAUAUAGUCCUUUCGGUAGUUCUCCAAAUGUAACUCCAGUACCACAGUUGAAUGUAGACGUCAGAGAACCUGAAGGAUUACCUAGAAAUUCAAUAGAAUCUCAAUAUAAGAAACCUCGUGUGGUAGCAGAAGUAAAACCUAUGCGUCCAUCUUAUUCUGAUGUUUUGACAAAAUCUGCACCAACACCUCCAUCUCCUUUAACAGUUCAAUCUAUAAAACCAAAAACAGAAUCCAUAAAUAAAAAAAUUUCUAAUAAAAAUUCAAAGAACAAAUCUAAGUCUGCUGCAUUAAAGAGGCAAAAUUCAUCUGGUAGUGAUGAUCACAAUUCUCCAAAAAUGCAAAUACCACGAAAAGUUUUAGAGAAGAAUAACUCAAAUCUACCAAGACGCUGGGUAUCGUUAGACAAUCUUGGCUCUCCAACUGAAUCUCAUGAAAUAAACACUUUUGAUAGAUCUACUCAAUUUGAGAAGAAAAAAGUUUCUAAAACGCCAAAAAAGGCAGAGAAGGGAGAAACACUUAAUAAUUCAAAAAUUCAAAAUAAUAAUCCUAAAUCUACAGGAAAUAUUCUCAAACGACCUAUACAAAUAAAUAAUAAUUUGAAUACAACCAAUACUUCCAGUCAAACUGUUUCACCUGAAAAAAUAGAGAAAAAUCAACAAACUGUUAAUAAAAUAAAUAAAGAAGAGAAAAAAGUUACCAAGGAAAAGAAUUCAAAACGUUUUCAAACUGAAAAGGCACAGCAAAUUAAGAAAGCACAACGAAAUCGUAGAAGAGAGAAUAGGGAAUCUCCAGUUAAAGAUUUAUGUAAAAAUUUAAAUAAAUAUGCCAAUCGCUGGAUUAAAAUCGGUUUAAAAAUAUUUCAUUGGCUACUGCACUUGGUAUCUGAUGUAGUUAGUAUGAGUGCCAAUCUGAUGAUUCAACUUGGUAAAUGUGGAUGGUAUCAUACAAUAUUAUAUUUAAAAUAUUCAUGGGUAUACAUGGCUGUAGCAUUUUCUAAAAUACGUAUUUUAAAUGCUGUUGGUAAACAAUUAGAUGAUUGGUUUGGAAAUAGUAAAUUUGCAUUUUGGCGUAAAAUAAAAGCUAAAAGUGAAGAGAAAGAAGAAAAUAGUAAUUGGAUACGAGGUGGUCUCGAGAGUAAUAUUGCAUUACCUAGUACUGGUGAAGAAGCUAUGAAAAGAUUAUUAGCUUGCAAAGGAAAAGAUCCAUAUAGUAUACUUGGUGUAACACCAACAUGUUCGGAUGAUGAUAUUAAAAAGUAUUACAAGAGACAAGCUUUCUUAGUGCAUCCUGACAAAAAUAAUCAACCUGGUGCUGAAGAGGCAUUCAAGAUACUCGUACACGCAUUUGAUAUAAUUGGUGAACCGGAACGAAGACAAGCAUUUGAUCAAACUAGACAAGUUGAAGCAGCUUGGGGUGAAUUAAGCGAUUUGCUCUCUCAACUUCAUAGAAAGAUGGAACAAGCGGCAAAUACGAUAAGAUGUACAAAUUGUGGUCUAAGGCACAAGAGAAUUCCUACACAACGCCCUUGUUACGCAGCACGAUUUUGUGCUCAAUGUAAAAUACGCCAUAGCGCAAGAGAAGGAGAUAUCUGGGCAGAAUCUCGUUUAAUGGGUUUUCUUUGGCAUUAUUAUGCCUGUAUGGAGGGUGCAGUGUAUGAUGUUACUGAUUGGGCAGCUUGUCAAGCUGGUAAUUUGAAACAUCUGAGAGCAAAUACGCAUAGUGUCCAAUAUAGAAUUGUCUUAGGUCAGCGGCCACCGUCGCAAACAAACGUCAAUAAUAAUAAAAAACGUCAACAAAUAGACCCAAAUACAAGCGAAGCAGAUUUUGAAGACUUUUUAAAUAAUUUGUACAAUCAUAGCAAGACCGGAACCUCAAGCACAUCAGCAGAUCAAAAUUCUUUUAGAGGGGACUGCAAGCGCCGUAAAACUAAACGUAAGAAGUAAAAAUUAUGAUAACAUUCAGUGACUUUAGCACAAUAUUAAAAAUACUGAAUAGAGCAAACUUGGAAAAAUAUAUGUAUGUAAUUUUUGCCUCCAAAAACAAUGAUUUUACUUUUCUGCAACAGAAGUAGUUGCAAAACUUUUAGAAGUGUAUAUAUUUAUUCGAAACUGAUGAAGAGUAAUGUUUAUUUAAUAAAUAUAAACUGAAUGUUCAUUUAAAAUUAAGACAGUUGUGUAAAAAGUAAUCAUUUUAAUCAUUGAUUUAUGUAGGACAACAACGUGUACUUUUUUUAAUGAUUAUAAUUAAUAAAGUAUACCUCUUCAGUGUAUUUUAAAAUGCAAAGAUUUAUAAUUAAUAUAAAGUUGAAGAUAUAACAAACAUACCAGCAGUGUUAAAGUAUAUUGUAAAUUACAGUUUUAAAAGCAAGACAAGAAAAAUUCUUAAAUUAAAUAAGAUGAGAAUCUUAAAUAUAAAUUAUUUCCACAAAAUUAAGAACACAAAAAUUCUUGAUGAAUCAAAUUAUUAGAGAGGAAACUUUCAAAAGCAGUUUAAUACCACUCAAGACAAAUUAACUUUCAGUAAAAUUAAUUAAUUCUAAACAUAAUACUCAAAUAGAAGUGUUAGAAUAGUAUUUUAACAUAAUAUGCAAAAUGAAGCUGCAGUAAGUAGUUUUAAGGAUUUGUUUCUUAAUUUAGAAAAAUCGAAAAGCAAUGAAAAAAGUUCAGAGUCAUUUUAUCCGAAAAUUCCUCUAAUAACGUGUCAACUUCUCAUAGAUUACUGUAUAUCAGCUAAUGUUAUCUAUAAACUGUAAUCAUCAUGCAAUAUAAGUGGAAAUUACUUUUAA